AUCGUGACUCGCAGCAGGGCCUCCCUCCCGAGAAUAACAUUUGCCAAUUAACGAUCGGGUGCAGUGUCGAGGGUUCAUGACGAUCACCAACCCGCGCCCCACUUUCCACCUUCCGCGUCCCGACAAACUCGUUCGGCAGACAUCAUCAUUUCCUUUCGCAAGACCGUCCAUACCGCCCACAAAACAACCGUUCGAUAGCCCGCCCGCCUCAAAAGCAACGCCGCGACGCCCAACAAGAGCUUCGCGACGCCGCCGAACCUACAGAUGUCUCUCCUGCCGCGACGCGAGCAGUCAUGGGUGCACACCAUCGCCUAACCUCCCUAUGUACCUUUCAUCGCCACCGGCCGCCACCCGGGCACCCCUGUAUCGCGUUUCACACUCGCGCCUUUUGCCACCGCGGCAGUGUCAAUAUGCAGGUACCCGUCGUCUCCCACGCGCGGUUCCACUUAUCCUCCCACCGCAGUCAUCUCGCAACUGCUGCGGAAACAGAUCUGGUCGGCGGGACCGCCGCCGCUGGUGCUGUGAGACACGGUCGGGUCGCGUUGAGUCGCGGUUGCCACCUCGCCACCGCGUCGUAGGGGGAGCGCUGACUCUCGUCGGGCACGCUUUAGGCAGCAGAGUUGUUGCGCUCGACUCCCCGGCUCCGUCGAGGGCCCGUCGAAGACCCGGUGGCGUCAGGGCCCGAGGGGCCAAGGUUCGUUCCUUCGAAGCGUCAAGGAUCCCUGAAGCGUCAAGGUUGCUCCACGGAGUCAAGGUGCCUUCGAGAAGCAGUCAUGGGAGCCCAGGACCUGCAAAGGACGACCCGAGGGUCCACAGCACCCUCCACGUGUCUCGCCCUGCGCUCCCACAGUCCGGGCGAAAUUUCGUCAUGCGUUAACUGCUCCCAAGCACUGCCCGCCUCACUUACCGCGAUGUCCCUGCGAGACCGUCGCCGCUCUGCCGUUUGGCGUAUAUUCCGCCGACAGCCCUUGAAAUCAAUAACAGUGCUGUAGUAUUCUUCUCGCACGUGCGCUGUAGCACACAGAGUCUGUCUGGGCGGCGAAUCAGCGCAGCCCGUUGGCGCUGACCGGGUUGCGGGCUGGGGCACUGACUGCAAUUUGGCCGCCGACGGUAGGAGGACGACACUAUGCGAAGCUUUGGUGAAAAAGACUGAUUGAUUAACCAGAGACUAUCGAUUGAUUG